ACCUGACAGGCGCUGGUCAGACUGUGCAGUGUGUGUGUGGGCGUCUCGGCUGAGCAGGAAGUGGGGUUACUUAAAGGAUGGGGAGCACCCAGCUCCUCCCGACAGCUCCAGCCCAGACAGACAACGAUGGAGUCUCACUUCGAAGGCUGGUGGUUGUUCCUCAUUCUCUUGGCACUCCCGCACCGCGCCUGCACCAGCGUGUGCCCCGGCGGCUGCCUGUGCACCCUAGAAGGUGCUAUGAGGUGUGUUGGCUCAGCAUUCACGGCUAUUCCCCACGAGCUGCCCGUCCACACGUACCUGCUGCAGCUCAUAAACACGAACAUCAAGGCCAUAGACAGCCACAGUCUGGCAAACAAGGACCUGCUCCUGCGCUUCAGUCUGACCAACAGCCUCUUGGACACAGUGCACCCUCAGGCCUUCUACGCCGCUCCACAGCUCAAGUCCCUCAAACUGUCUUCCAACCGCCUGUCCAGCCUCCCCGCCGGGGUGCUCAGCCCACUGGCCAGUCUGGAGGAGCUGCACCUGGACGGGAACCAGCUGGAGGCCGUUACAGCGGGGACGUUUGAAGGGCUGGUGGCGCUGCAGGAGCUGGACCUGAGCCGGAACAAGCUGAGCAGUCCGACUCCGGGCGUCUUCGACCGGCUGAGCAGCCUGACCUUUCUGAACCUGGGCAGGAAUUUCAUACAGAAGCUUCCUGCCGACGUCUUCAGCUCGCUGACCAAGCUCCGCAAGCUCGCGAUGUACAACAACGAGAUCGAGGUGCUGGAGGCCGGGAUGUUUGACCGGCUUGUCCACCUCCAGGAGCUGAAGCUGCAUUAUAACCACAUCGCCAGUCUCCCACCUCGGCUGUUCUGGUCCCUGGGGAACCUGAGCGUUCUCACCUUAUCCUCCAACCGACUUCAGGGUGUCCCAGAGAGAAGCUUCUACAACAUGCCCAAGCUGAGCCAGCUGACUCUUUACAACAACCCCCUGUUGACUCUACCAGAUCAGCUGAUGGGCCACAUGCCAGAGAUAAGCCUGUUCUAUCUAUAUGGCACCAAUCUCACUACUGUUCCUGCUAAUCUGUUUGCCAACAUGUCCGGGCUUGUGGACCUCAAUCUGCAUCUGAACAACAAGCUGGCCGACUUGCCCCCGGACGUUUUCUGCUGUGUUCCCCGUCUCAAUAAGCUCUCGUUAAGGUCCAACAAUCUCCAUUAUCUGCACCCUCAGCUGUUCUCCAGACUCACCGCACUGAGGACGCUGCUCCUCAAUGAUAAUAAACUGCAGAGCCUACCAGAGGACAUCUUUCAGCGGCUUGAGCAGGUCUCAAAGGUUGAUUUGAAGAAAAACCACCUCCAGACUCUUCCAGGGAACAUUUUCUUGUCAAACACACAACUGAAAGAGCUUAGUCUGGGAGACAACCUUUGGAACUGUUCUUGUGGCAUCAGAGCCAUCGCAAGAUGGAUACGAGAAAACGGGCGUCUGGUCACCGACAAAGACGACGUGAUGUGUCACAGUCCACCGUUCCAAAUGCUCCGUACUGUUGGAUCAUUGCGCAACGACGAGUUUGACUUUUGUGAGCACAGGUUUAAAACCUACUAUGUCACCACUGUUUUAGGGGCUACUCAACAGGUUCCCAUCCUACUAACGUUUCCCCCCGAGCCAUCGACCACCGCAAAGGUCCCCACCCCAACAACGUCUACCCCUGAGCCACCGACCACCGUAACGGUCCCCAUUCUACCAACCUUUCCCUCUGAUCCACCAACCACCGUAAAGGUCCCCACCCCAACAACGUCUCCCCCCGAGCCACCGACCACUGUAACGGUCCCCAUUCUACCAACGUCUCCCCCCGAGCCAUCGACCACCGUAACGGUCCCCACCCCAACAACGUCUACCCCUGAGCCACCAACUACUGUAACGGUCCCCAUUCUACCAACGUCUCCCCCCGAGCCCUCGACCACCGUAACAGUCCCCAUUCUACCAACCUUUCCCCCUAACCCACCAACCACCGUAAAGGUCCCCACCCCAACAACGUCUCCCCCCCACCCACCAACCACCUCAGAUUCCUCAGCCGCUGAGCUCCCUUUUGGGCCUCCCUCCCUGCCUUUUUAUGACGUGGUGGUCUUGGAGCAGAACCUGGAGUUUGUUCACCACCACCACCUGAACGGCUGGGUGUACGUGUGGUUCCUGCCGUCAAACUCAACCUCGGCUGGCUUCCUCAUCUGUCACAUCCUCCUCAUCGCUGCGGGCUUUCUUCUCGUUCCGGCUGCCAUGUUCGGCAUGUUUCGCCUCUACAAGAGCACAGCCAACCUAAAGACUGACAGAGGAAAUGCUCCCGGGUUUCCUGAGGGAACGGAGCAGGAAAAUGUGAAGUUGCUGGAAAGUCUCGUCAAUAGAUUUGCGAAGCAGAAGGAGGGAGACGGGACAUAUAAAAGGAAGCACAGAGACCCCGAGGCUGAGUCCACUCAUCUGUCGGCUGCUGCUAGAGGACUGAACAUGGACCUGCCCCUGGCUCUUCAUGCUCUUCUGCUUCUCUGUUCACUUAAAACCUUCGUGUUGGCGUGUCCCAAUGGAUGUCAGUGUCAAGGAUCUAAAAUCGAAUGCAGUGGGCUCGCGGCCUUCCCCACAGCUCUACCCAUGUCUACCGCCUUCCUCACCUUGAGAGACUGCAGCAUCUCUUCUAUCAAACCCGAGGACUUCACUGGUGUUGCCGAUAGCCUUGGGGCCUUCAUCAUUCAAGACUCCCCUCUGAGGGAAAUUCAACCUGGAACGUUUGGUUCCAGCCUGAACGUGAGACACAUGUCGUUUAGCGGCACUGAACUCCAGGAUCUCCACGAGGACUUGUUCCAGAGCCUUCAGAAGCUAGAGUCUCUGGCCUUAAGAAGCAGCAGACUGGUGGCUCUCCGCCCAAGCUGGUUCUCCUCUCUGACAAGCCUAAAAAGGCUUGACCUCAGUAAAAACAUGCUGACGUCUGUGCCUGAGGAAACGUUUCGUCCUGUCCCUGAGCUCACACAGUUGUUCCUUUCUGCAAACAAUAUCAGCCAGCUUUUGAAAGACACGUUCAAAGGUCUCACUAACCUUAAAGUCUUACGCCUUAACAAGAAUGCUCUGCAGGAACUUCCGGCCGGCUGCCUGGAUGACCUUGAAAACCUGACAGAGCUGUCUCUACAGGACAACAUAAUCACUCACCUCCACCAAGACCUCUUUUCCAAGAAUCAGAAACUCCAGAAACUAUUCCUCUCCCACAACAGGCUCACGUCUCUCCCACAAGGAAUCUUCCUGAACCUGCCCCUCCUUUCCCAGAUGUCCCUGUAUGAAAACCAGCUGGAGAAUCUGAGUCCAGGUGUGUUUGGGCCCAUGGAGCUGCGGGAGUUAUGGCUGUACGACAACAGGCUGAGCCGCUUGGAGGACGACACCUUCAUAAAUCUGACCAGCCUGCGUCUGCUGGUGCUGAGUCGCAACAAGAUCAAUUACGUUUCCACCAGAGCUUUUAAAGGGUUGGAGCAGGUGGGCGAGAUAUCGCUUCACUCCAAUCUGAUCACGAGCCUGCAAGCUGGGACUUUCCAAGGUCUGCCGAGCCUGGUCAACAUUUCCCUGGAGCACAACUUCAUCAGAUCCCUUCCUUCGGGGUUCCUCCAGGAUAUCACCCACCUGGGACAGAUAGACCUGCGAAACAAUUCUUUAGUCAACCUGCCGCAGGAAAGUCUGGAUGAUCUCACGCAGGUGCAGGAAGUUCUCCUGCAGCAGAACCCCUGGAGGUGCAACAGGGACAUUGUGCCGCUAAGGGACUGGCUGAGGAGGUACCCCUCCAAAGCCAACCACAGCCUGGUGGUGUGUCACACGCCUCUGUGGCUGGGUGACGAGCCAAUCGCUCUGCUGGAAGACGAACAGCUGACGACUGGGGAACCUGCGGUGAGCUCGACGCGGCGCAGAGGGAACGCAAACACUUUUCCAACCAGAGAAAGCACAUUCCUCUCUGACUGGACCACCGCCAUCACGAUGCCCCGGGACGUCACUGACAUGGGACCGGGGCCAACAGGAAGUGCAUCGGAUCAUACUUUGAUGAUUCUCAUCAUUGCCGCGGUAGUGUCCACCGUUAUAAUUAGCACUGUCAUUACUGGCUGCAUGUGCUGGAGGAAGAGCAGGAGGGGCAGGGGAAAUAUAGGCAGCAGGAAUAAGAACUCCGUGCUCUAAGGGGGAUCCAGCCAACAGAGGCGAGCCAGGAGCUUUAGAAGCCAAGAGGAAAUGUGUGAAGGUGCAAUAACUGUGAUCUGGGCAACCGAACAGGUUCCGGGGACUGACUGGUACUUUAGUUACUUCUUCUUCAGUUGCUAGAGUAGAAUCAACAAGUAGACAGGUUUGUAAUGAAUGAGCUUCUGGUUUUUGUUUGUUAAAAUUUAACAGCCAGUAUUUACUUCUACACACUAGCUGUAAAAAACACGUUUUUCGUCUGUGGAGAGCAGAGACCUUUGAUGAAUGUAAAGUCAAAUGCACUGCAGUUGUGUGUUUUUGUUAGUUAGAUGAGGUUGCACACCCCCUGGAUUAUUCCCCUGGCCUGCUGUUGGACAGUUACCUUCUGUGAACAUCAUUAGUUUAAAGAAUGAGUCUGGCUUUAAAUAGAUGUACUCACAUGAAAUCAAGUGUUGAAAGUGUCACAAUAAAUGAAGAAACGCA